ACCAGCAGCAGCAGCAAAAGCAAGAUUCCUGCGCCGCCGACUACAAGAGGGUUAAAAGUGUAGAUUGGAUUUCACCCCGGGAAAUCUAGCACACGGAGUGAACUUGAAUCUUUGGCUAUUUAAGGAGGACUGGGGUUUGUUGUGAAGUUGUGGUGAUCCAGAACAGAGCCCCGUCCUGAUUGAUUUCAUCUUCCUUGAGUCUCAGAUGACUGUAAAAUGAAUAGAUAAAAUUAUUCUUUUUUGAGGCUUUUCUUAGGGUCUCUCCGGGCAGCGUGUUCUCAAAGCGAAGUCAUGAUGUAUUCUCCAAUCUGUCUCACUCAGGAUGAAUUUCACCCGUUCAUUGAGGCACUUCUUCCACAUGUCCGUGCAAUUGCCUAUACUUGGUUCAAUCUUCAGGCUCGAAAACGCAAGUACUUUAAAAAACAUGAGAAACGAAUGUCAAAGGAUGAGGAAAGAGCAGUCAAGGAUGAGCUACUUAGUGAAAAGCCUGAAAUUAAACAGAAGUGGGCAUCCAGGCUCCUGGCCAAGCUGCGCAAAGAUAUUCGUCAAGAGUUCCGGGAGGAUUUUGUGCUCACAGUUACUGGGAAGAAGCACCCAUGCUGUGUAUUGUCCAAUCCUGACCAGAAGGGCAAGAUUAGGAGAAUCGAUUGCCUGCGACAGGCUGACAAAGUCUGGCGUCUGGAUCUAGUCAUGGUGAUCCUGUUCAAAGGCAUCCCCUUGGAAAGUACAGAUGGAGAACGUCUCAUGAAAUCCCCACAUUGCACAAAUCCAGCACUUUGCGUCCAGCCACAUCACAUAACAGUAUCAGUCAAGGAGCUUGAUUUGUUUUUGGCAUACUACGUUCAGGAGCAAGAUUCUGGACAACCAGGAAGUCCAAGCCACAAUGAUCCUGCCAAGAAUCCUCCAGUGUACCUUGAGGACAGUUUUGUGAAAUCCGGGGUAUUCAAUGUGUCGGAACUUGUGAGGGUGUCAAGAACGCCCAUAACCCAAGGAAGUGGAGUGAACUUCCCAAUUGGAGAGCUUCCGAGCCAGCCAUAUUACCAUGAUAUGAAUUCAGGAGUAAAUCUACAGAGGUCCUUAUCCUCUCCACCAAGCAGCAAAAGACCCAAAACGAUCUCCAUAGAUGAAAAUAUGGAGCCAAGCCCAACAGGAGACUUCUAUCCUUCUCCAAAUUCACCAGCUGCAGGAAGCAGGACAUGGCAUGAAAGAGAUCAAGACAUGUCUUCUCCUACAAUGAAGAAACCUGAAAAGCCUUUGUUUAGUCCUACUUCUCCCCAGGAUUCUUCAUCAAGACUCAGCACUUUUCCCCAACAUCACCACCCAGGAAUCCCAGGAGUUGCACACAGUGUCAUCUCAACUAGAACUCCACCUCCACCUUCACCGUUGCCAUUUCCAGCACAAGCUAUUCUCCCUCCUGCCCCAUCUAGCUACUUCUCUCAUCCAACGAUCAGAUAUCCUCCCCACCUGAAUCCUCAGGAUACUCUGAAGAAUUAUGUACCUUCUUAUGACCCGUCCAGCCCGCAGACUAGCCAGCCUAACAGCAGUGGUCAAGUAGUAGGGAAAGUGCCUGGCCAUUUUACUCCAGUUUUGGCACCCUCUCCCCAUCACAGUGCGGUGCGACCUGUGACCCUGACCAUGACAGAUACUAAACCCAUCACUACAUCCACUGAAGGUGAGGCAUCUUCACCUACAGCAACCACCUACACAGCCUCAGGCACAUCCCAAGCCAAUCGAUAUGUGGGACUAAGCCCAAGAGACCCAUCCUUCCUACACCAGCAACAGCUGAGAAUUUGUGACUGGACCAUGAAUCAAAACGGCAGGCAUUUAUACCCCAGUGCCAGUGAGGAUACAUUGGGAAUUACUUGGCAAAGUCCUGGUACCUGGGCUAGCUUGGUUCCUUUCCAAGUAUCAAAUAGAACACCGAUCCUGCCGACAAAUGUCCCAAAUUAUGGCUUGAACAUAAUUGGAGAGCCUUUCCUUCAAGCAGAAACAAGCAACUGAGGGAAACAAAAUUAAAAGAAAAAAUAAAAAAAUUAAAAAAAAAAAAAAAAAAAAAAGGAGAAAGAAAGAAAGAAAAAGAAAAAAGAAAAGAAGACAGUAUGAGAAAAGAACCUGAAGAAAGAAGAACAAAAAUAGACCAGCAAUUGCAGCUCUUACAAUCACUAAUUCCCUUAUGGUUGAAACUGAAAUGAUAUACAAAGGGUCGAUGAUAUUUCACUGAUGGGUAGAAUGCAGCUCCUCCUAAGUAGCCUUUGUUAUAUGAAGUCCGCUGGGAAAUAGAUGUUCUGUCUCCGAUAAUAUAUUUUAACUGACUUUCUAGAUGCCUUAAUAUUUGCAUGAUAAGCUAGUUAUAUUGGUUUAGUAUUCUUGUUGUUUACGCAUGAGAUCACUAUUCCUGGUUAUCUCACAAAACAAAGGCUAGGCAGCAAGAGCAGAGCUGCAGGAGGACAACGGCUGUGAGCCAGCCAUUUUCUCAGUAGUCUGAUUUCUAAAUGUUAUAAAAAUAAGCUCUGUAGCUGUUAGUUAUCAGUAUGGAUUUAUUAAACUUUGGCCCUUAAUUCAGACUUUUUCUAGUGUGUUAUGCAGUCUGAAAUUUUCAAUCAGUAUGGACACACAGGCUCUAUGGAAGAAAUGCCUCUAUGCAGGUAAAAGUGUUAUCUUUUCAUGCAACAAGAAAAGAAAAGAAAAAAGAAAAGAAAAGAAAAGAAAAGAAAAGAAAAGAAAAGAAAAGAGGAAAAAAGUGACAGUUUCCCCACUAAAGAAACACUUACAGAGGCAAGUGCAAUUUAAAAAUCAUAUCUAAGAGGUCAUCACUAUAAGUCCUUCAGCCCUUGGACUCUAAAUUGAGGGGUUUAAAAAUAAAAAAUUACUUUGAACAAACUUAUUUUUCCCCUCAGUUUUUGAGGGCAUUACAAAUCACAUCCUUGAGAACAAGAAAUAAAUGGAAACACAGCACUUAUGUUGGUUUAGCUGCUGCCUCCACAGAGGGGUAGGAUUUAUUUAUUUAAAGUUACUUGUUGCAUCAAGAACCCAUAGGGUUUACAUGUUUCUGUAAAAUCUACAUCAUAGAGACAAAGACAUAGGCAAAUCCAUGUCACAAGGGCAAAGCUUUCCGUUUACAAACUGGUAAUACCAGGAUGGGGAUAUGUUGUAUUUAAAUAAUGCACUCUUAAUGUAAGUCUAAUUACAGGGUGCUGUAAACUUGCAUGGUGCUUUCAGAAGUUAGCCUUGUUCAACAAUUUUCACAUAUUGACAGAAAUAUAAUGUGCAUGGGCAGACAUUUUGCCUCUAUGUCUCUUUAAAAAUUUAAAAUACUCUUUCCAGUAAUCCUAAUUUGCACGAAGAUAUAAUGUCCACAUUACGUGCCUUGCCUUGAAAUGUAAAAAAUGGAAAAAAAACAAAAAGAAGAAAAAAAAUACAAAAAAAUUGACAUCACUACACUUUUUUUGCUGCAUUUAUUAUAAUUUUAAAUCUUUACCAUUUUUAUGACAAAAUAUUUUGUACUCCAGAUACGAAAAAUGUGUGACAUCGUGGAUUUUUUAAACAGUUAUACCUUUAUCUUACAUUUAUAAAGCAUAUCAUGGCUGUUUAUAGUUGCCGCUUAAAAAUUGUAAUCGACCAGCAAUAUUUUCAGUAUUUUGGUGUUUUUUCUAUUAACCUUUCAUGUUUUUUCAUCUUCCAAUUAAUAUUGUGGGGAGGGGAUACAAAUUUAUAUGAAUUAUGCAAUACCAAGUUUUGCCUAUGUAGGUAGUGCUUUUAGCUGUAUUGGUUAUUAUAGGUAAGUACACAAAUCUAAAAAAAAAAAAAAAAAAAAAAAAAAAAAAAAAAAAAAAAAGGAAAGAAAAAAAAGUAUGCUUUUUUUGUUUGUUUUAAUUGACCAAAGUGGGUACUGCUAUUUUUGCAGUGUGAUGAGGUCCUUUUCUGUACUGAGGUGGACAGGGGAUUUUUUUUUAUACAUACAUAUAUAUAUAUUCUGGGGUUGGGGGGAGGAUUUUUAACACUUUACAGUGUAGCUGUGAAGCAGUGCACCCUUAGCCAGGCAAGCUGCAAAGCAACUGUUCUGCCUACUGUGACAAACUUUUGAAUCGGUUCCCUCUUUUUAACUUCCCACCUGGGGUGCAAGCUGAAAUCAUUUCUGGAUUUAAAAAAUAAAUAAUGAAUUCUGUUGGAGGCAGACUUGACUUGAGGAAAUUGUUUUCCUUCAAGAUUUUUUUUCAUGAGAAAGAGAGACAGACAUAGAAAGAGGUCAAGACCCACAGUGAGAUGAAGCCUUUUCCAUUCUGGCGAAGAUAGUGCAUCCUGAAGUGUUCAUGUUAAAAAAUGUUUUUAGCUCAGAAUGACAAAGACAUUCACUUUGUCUAGGAAAUGCAAGUACAGGGCCAAAAUCUUUGCUGGCAAAAUUCCACUGGCUCCAAUUCCAGUGGACUCCUGAGCUGUGCAAAUUGAGAAUUUUCCUCCCUUAUCCUGCUUGAUUUUUUCCCUGUACAUAACUUUUUAAUAUUCUACUCCCCUCUCACCCCACCAAGUUUCUUAAUUCAGCAUUUGAAUUACAAUUUUCAGCCUGCUUGGGCUAGUGUCAGAAGUUUGCAGUCUUCUCAUGGAGCAGAUCAGAUGGAGACCUCUGGGCUGUAGCAGAGAAGGAGUUUCUUUAUGCAAGGAAUUAAACCAUGGUGGAAAUAAAAGUGUGUUUCCAGUAAAAUCCCAUUUUGCAGUAGUGGGCCUAAUGCUUGUGACCUCUUACACAAAAGGGAUAUUUGCAAUGUAUAGCUCAAAUCAGGGUGUUUUCUUUAAAGCCCAGUCUUCUAAUAGCAUGAAAACAGAGAAGCAAAUAGUCCUGUGGAUAGGAAAAUUCAUCCCUUUGCAGUUCUCUGUGUUUUUGUGUUUUUCCUACCCUGGAGAUAUCCCAGAGGCACACCUCCAGCAUCAGCCACCCCAGUGAGCACUGGUCAGGGGUGUACCACCCUCAGUCCCUUCUGGCUCCAGCUGUGGUUAACAGCAGUGGUAGUGGCAUGUCCCCAUGUCUCCAGGAGGAGAGAGGGUGUAGGCAGGGCUUGAAUGGCUACAGAGAUGGGAAUUGUAGGAAAAUGAACCUUUGAGAUUUAGCUGAACUGGGAAGGGGAAAAAAAAAAAAAA